AUGACUUAUAUUUCCCUGGCGAAUUGCUUGAAAACCCAACUACAUAUUCUUGGAGGAGCAAUUCAGACCAUCAGAGAAAGAACUUUGGAUAAAUUAGAACUACCUUUGGAUUUUAAUGUAUUCAGAGAUGAAGAUCAUUUGAUACUGGAAAAAGAAAUGUACAAGGAACUUCGUCAUUGCACCAAACAUUUAAUCAUUUUGAUUAGAGUUUACAAUGAGCUUGAAAAUAUAUUUUGUAUUGUCAUACUUGAACAAUCCGUUGUUACAGUUAUGGUGCUUUCAUCUUGUCUUUACGCUAGUAGCCUUGCUACUUUUGGAUCACCAGUAUUUUUCUCGCAAAUUGAAUUUUUUCUGGCUGUUUUAACCCAAUUCACUUGCUUUUGCUGGUUUGGAAAUGAAAUUUUUUUAGCCGGCGAAUUUGUUCAGGACUCAAUGUUUCAAUGUAAUUGGUUAAGUUCAAGCACUCGGUUUAAAAAAUGUUUGAUAAUGAACCAUGAACGAUUAAAAAAAUGUCUAUUCUUAACUAUCGGAAAAUUUACUGAUUUAAAGUUAUCCACACUGAUCACUGUUGUACGAGGUUCUUUUUCAUAUUUUGCAGUUUUUAAAAGUGUUGAUAUUUAAUUUUACAUAGUAUCGAAAACUUACCGAGCAAUUUUACACAUAAAAUAUUUAUUUUACUGUUAACUGAAAUCACCAAAAAUGCACAAUAAGUUAAUAAAGUAUUUCAA